CCUGUAAACCGACCUCUCCGAGCCAGCCAUACAAACGCAACUUGUGGAGGCGAUACGGGUUUUAGAUUGGUGCAGACGAACUUGUUCUGUUAUUAAUUUUUUUAAUUGGCAAACAAAAUUACAAUUAUGGCCGGCACUUUGACGAAAAUGUAUAAGAAGUCGGCAAAAUUCGCGCAGUCCAACAAUCACGGAUCCAUCUUAUCGACGAUAUCCACGCAAACGAGGCAGUAUUCAGGUAAGAGGGUCGUAGCAAAAAAUCCGGUAGUAGAAAUGGACGGCGACGAAAUGACCAGAAUAAUAUGGGAAAAAAUUAAAGAAUCGCUUAUUUUCCCGUACUUAAAAAUCGAGUGCCUCUACUAUGAUUUGGGAUUGCCGUAUAGAGACCAAACCAACGAUCAAGUGACCAUAGAUGCCGCGCAUGCUAUUUUAAAGCACAACGUCGGGAUUAAAUGUGCCACCAUUACGCCUGACGAGCAACGAGUAAAAGAAUUUAACCUAAAAAAAAUGUGGUUGUCGCCAAACGGUACCAUAAGGAAUAUUUUGGGAGGUACCGUAUUCCGAGAACCCAUCCUCUGCAAAAACAUUCCAAAACUGGUGCCCGGCUGGGAAAAAGCCAUUUGUAUAGGUCGUCACGCGCACGGAGAUCAAUACAAAGCCCAGGACUUGGUCAUCGCCAAACCCGGAAAGGUGGAAAUAGUAUACACAGCGGAUGACGGAGAAGUUCAAAAAGUGGAAUUGUUCAAAUACGAUUCUCCAGGGGUCGCCCUAGCUAUGUAUAAUACAGAUGAAAGUAUAAGGGGCUUCGCACAUUCCUCGUUCCAGAUGGCGCUGCAGAAGUCUUGGCCGUUGUAUCUUUCCACCAAAAAUACUAUUUUAAAAAGAUACGACGGACGGUUUAAGGACAUUUUUCAAGAAAUUUACGACAAAGAGUACAAAAACCAAUUCGAAGCAAAGAAGAUCUGGUACGAGCAUAGGUUAAUUGACGAUCAAGUCGCUCAAGUGCUAAAAUCAUCAGGUGGAUUCGUAUGGGCUUGCAAAAACUACGACGGAGACGUACAAUCCGACAUAGUGGCGCAAGGGUACGGGUCGUUGGGUAUGAUGACGUCGGUACUGAUGUGUCCCGACGGUAAAACGGUAGAAGCGGAAGCUGCCCACGGCACAGUGACUAGACAUUACAGGCAACAUCAGAAGGGUUUGCCGACUUCUACGAACCCGAUAGCGUCCAUUUUCGCGUGGACCAGAGGUAUAGAGCAUCGAGGAAAAUUAGACGAUACUCCGGACGUCGUAAAAUUCGCUCACCGUUUGGAAAAAGCGUGCGUGGAUACCGUCGAGUCGGGAAAAUACACGAAAGAUUUGGCCGCCUCCAUCGAAGGAGGGUUCGAUAAAGUCAAGGAAGGGAUGUUCUUAAAUACUCAAGAUUUCUUGGAUGCCAUCGCCGAUCAAUUAAGAAAAAGUGUAUAACGCGAGUUCAUUUUAAACAAUUUUUUUUUGUAAGUGUUGUAAUUUAAAGGCGAAAACUUUUUUAACUAAAGCAAAUGUAUUUUUAUAAAACGGUUUGGAUUUUGGCGACACGUUUGUCAUUUGAGUUCCGAAACUUAAGAAAAGAAACUA